GUCUGUAGGCUGCUUGCGUCAUCAUGGAAGACCCGAAACGUUUUGAAAAAGGGAAUCCAGUAUGACACACAGCUAAAAUUAUCAUCAUCCCUCCCAUAAAAAAAAAAGACAAGUCUGACUGCUUAGCCUGUCACUUAAAAUAAAAGUACAACAAAUUAGCAAUAGAUUUGACUCUAACUGACAGUCGACUGUGGAUUUGGCUUGUGGGUUUUGAUUCGAUGAUGCUGAAGUAGUUCUACAAUCAUUCGUGCGCUUAUUCGAGACGCAGCACGAUUCGCUGGGACUUGCGCCAAUCUGACCUUUGACAGCCAGCGGAUGACAAAUGAAAGGUCAGCGUUUCUGACAUCAGCUGGGGCAUCGGAGAAUGAUAUACAGUGCAUCGAAAGCUGGUCGAUAGCAGCGGAGACUCCUGCACCGGGGGACGAAGUGGUGGCGACGGCGGCGGUGGUUUGACGGCAGUGACCCUCGGCAGCGUUAAAACAGGCCCUGCGCGACAGGACGACUACAGCACCAUGGACAGCUCAGGCCCUCCAUCUCCAGAUAUGGAUGGAAACUAUGGAGGGGGACUUUUGGAUAUGGUUAAAGGAGGUGCUGGAAAGUUCUUUAGCAACAUCAAGGACAACCUGAAAGACACCAUCAAAGACACCUCUACCAAGGUCAUGAACCAAGUGGCCACGUAUACAAAAGGAGAGUUGGACAUUGCCUACAUCACCUCACGUAUUAUUGUGAUGUCAUAUCCUUCUGAGGUGGUGGAUAUGGGCUACAGGAACCACACCGAGGAUAUCCGUUCUUUUCUGGACUCACGGCAUGCCGAACACUACACUGUUUUCAACCUGUCACAGAGGAACUAUCGGGGGGCCAAGUUCUCCAACAGAGUUUCUGAAUGCAACUGGCCUUCCAGGCAGGCCCCGAGUCUUCACAAUCUAUUUGCUGUGUGUAAGAAUAUGUACAACUGGCUUAAGCAAAACCCCAAGAAUGUGUGUGUGAUCACCUGUUCGGAUGGCAGAGCUCCUUCAGGCGUGCUGGUCUGUGCCAUGUUCUGUUUCUGCCACCUUUUCGCCAACCCGGUGCCAGCCAUGCAGCUUCUCAGCGCCAAGAGGCCUGGAUCUGGCCUGUGGUCCUCCCAUAGGAGGUACAUAAGUUAUGUAUGCAGUUUAGUCUCAGAGAAGCCAACCAUACCACACUCCAAACCGCUAGUCAUCAAAUCCGUCACAAUGAGUCCUGUUCCUUGCUUCAACAAACAGCGCAGUGGCUGUCGGCCAUUUUGUGACGUACUUAUUGGUGAGACCAAGAUAUUUUCUACAGCUCAGGAGUACGAGAAAAUGAGGGAACACAGAGUUCAAGAGGGCAAAGUGGUCUUUCCUGUGGGAGUGAGUGCCCAAGGAGACGUGGUGAUUUCAGUCUAUCACAUGCGUUCCCAUGCACUACAGGCCAAGGUAACAAACACCCAGAUAUUCCAGAUUCAGUUCCAUACUGGUUUCAUCGGCCCAGGCACCACUGUCUUAAAGUUUCUGAAGAUGGAGUUGGAUGCAUGUGAUUCUCCAGAAAAAUACCCUCAGCUGUUUCAUGUGUUGUUAGACAUUGAGGUUGAAAGUACAGAGAAACAGAAAGAUCUCACCCCACCGUGGGAGCAGCUCCCCACCAAAGACCUGAGCCCCAGCGUGCUUUUCUCCUGUCAUCAGGAACACCAGGAUGCACUUGCUAUUGCAGAUGAAAUGGAGGGCUUGGACUUGGAAGAUCCCGCACAGGGCCAUGGGAGUUGCGGAGGCAGAGUGGGCCCUAAUGAGGAGAGCGAACCGUCAGAUGAUGAAAUGCUCUCCCUUUCUAGUCAGCAGAGUAACACGAGCAAUGAGAAAUCAAAAGCAGCUAAGAAACCAGAGGCCCAUCCUGCAGCGUCCCCUCCUCAAGCAGCUGAGGAAGUAGAUCUGCUGGGGCUGGAUGGUGAUGCAGCUACGCUUCCUCCAUCCUCCCCACAACCUCCGACCACCAGCUCCACCACAUACUUGCUGGGGGACCUGUUUGGAGCUCCUCCCACACCACAGCCAGCCAGCGGCCCCACUUCUGCGCAGUCCACCCCGCAGAGAUCAGCAACCUCCUCCUCACCCGGUCCAUCACCUCGAUCUGGAGACACUUUCAACCCGUUUGGGUCUGGGCCCGCUCCCGCCCCUAAGCCGCAGGACUUCAUGGGGGCUUUCCUGGGUCCAGGUAAUAUGGGGCAGCCAGACCCCUUCCUGCAUGCUGCACGAUCUCCGUCUCCUACAAUGCCGAACAUGGGCAUGGGUCGUAGUUCACCUGUGCCGCCCACUACUCCCACUGUCAACAUCCAGCUACAGGGCUCUACAGGAGCAUGGGAAUGGAACAAACCAGCACCUGCAGUCAUACCAGGUGGAGGUUUUGCGAUGGGAAGUAAGUCUGCCAGCACUAGCCCAACCAGCUCAGUUCAUGGUACUCCCACCCACCAGGCCAAACCCAACACUUUGGACCCUUUUGCUGAUCUUGGUAACCUAGGAGCUGGUCUGGGAGGAGGUGGUUCAGGAUUCUCUAGCAAGCCAACCACACCUACUGGUGCCGGAGGAGCAUUUCCACCCAUGGGCUCCCCCCAGCGUCCCGCCCCCUCUCCCCAGCACACUUCCUCUGGAGGCUGGCAUCCCAGCACGGGCUUCCCCUCAUGGCAGCCUGGAGGGGGGGCUCAAUGGCAGACGCAGACCCAGGGUGCACAGCACCAGACACCAUCUAAAGCACCGGGACCCUCUAUGCCUCACUCUUCACCACAGAACAGACCCAACUACAACGUCAGCUUCUCCAGCAUGGGUGGAGCUUCGCCAGGAGCCACUGGGGCAAAAGCACAGCCUAAUAUGGGAACCAGACCAAAGGUUUCGAACGCUAACUUUGAUGACCUACUCUCAGGCCAGGGCUUUGCUGGCACUAAGGAGAAAAAAGGGCCAAAAACCAUAGCAGAAAUGAGAAAAGAGGAGAUGGCAAAAGAAAUGGACCCAGAGAAAAUCAAGAUCCUGGACUGGAUUGAGGGGAAGGAGAGGAACAUCAGAGCACUGCUGUCCACCAUGCACACGGUGCUUUGGGAAGGGGAGACGCGCUGGAAACCUGUAGGCAUGGCUGACCUUGUCACACCAGAGCAAGUGAAGAAGGUCUACCGCAAAGCUGUGCUGGUAGUGCACCCUGACAAGGCUACAGGAAAGCCCUACGAACAAUAUGCCAAGAUGAUUUUUAUGGAACUAAACGAUGCCUGGUCAGAAUUUGAUAGCCAAGGACAGAAAGCACUGUACUAAGACUUACUGUAUGUGAUCAGAACCAGUCAGCAGUUCCUGCCCCGAUUAGACACCCUGCAGCCCACCACAUCUUAAGACGCUCCUUAACUUAAGUUAUCUCUCCCACCUCCAGGACCCUGCUUCAUAGAGACAUCAGAGCUUACAUCUACAGUAUAGUUGUGUGUAUCUCUCUAUCGAUCCAUGUGUCAGGUUCCAUCAUGCACUAGACCAACAUAACUGCUGUUUGAGAAGACUGCUGUUGGAAAAAGUAGCAUUCCGCUUUGAUUUAUAAACUCACCAUCAUAACAGAGAUCAGACUUUGUCGUUAAACGGCUGUGAAAUAUUUCUGUGAACAUUAGCAGUCAACCAGGUCAUCGAAGAAUUUAUUCAGGAGCUUUCAGGUGAGUUUUGACUUAAAUGAAACGGGUUUAGUGCUGAGGAAACAUCUACAACGAAUGAAAAAACUAUUUUUUAGACACACCGGAAUUCUGCAAGACAAACCUCACACUGCUUUGGCUUGCAGAACUUUAUUAAAUAACUUUGUCAAUAACCUUUGUCGGCUGUUAUUUAAUAAAGUUUUGCAUGCUACAGCAGUAUUCAGGACCUUAUCAA